AUUAUAUUCCUACCAUGGCUCCAAGCAGCUACAAUGCGCCAGUCGAAGGCCUACCAUACUUCUCCCCCAAACAUGCCUCAAAUCCAGGCACGCCCUUCAAGCCCGACGACAAAACUCCCGUUCUAUUCACACCCCUCACAAUCCGCGGAGCCACCCUCAAAAAUCGAAUCAUCGUCGCUCCCAUGUGCCAGUACUCCACCGCCGAAGCGGGUUUUCAAAUAGGUGCGCUCACACCCUACCACAUCGCAACCCUAGGCCACUACGCCCUCAAAGGCGCCUCCUUAAUCUUCAUCGAAGCCUCCGGCGUCCAACCCAACGGCCGCAUCAGCCCCAACUGUCCCGGAAUCUGGUCCGACAGCCACAUCCCUGGGAUCAAAGCCGUGGCCGACUUCUGCCACGCUCAAGGUGCUCUUUGCGGAAUGCAACUCGCUCACGCGGGGAGGAAAGCGAGUACCCUCCCUCCAUUCGUGGCCUCGCAGCAUCGCUUACCCAGCAAGCGCGCCACUGCGGAGGCGGGAGGAUGGCCGGAGAACGUCGUGGGUCCGUCGGGUGGGGAGGAGCACACCUGGGAUGGGGUGCAGAGUGAUGAUCCGAAGGGCGGGUAUUUUGCGCCGAGAGAGUUGUCGGUAGGAGAGAUCAAGGAGAUGGUCCAAGACUGGGCGACAGCAGCGAAGAGGGCGGUGAAAGCGGGCGUGGAUGUGAUCGAAAUCCACGGCGCGCACGGCUACCUCAUCCACGAAUUUCUCUCACCUAUAACCAACCGCCGGACGGAUUCUUACGGCGGUCCUUUCGAAAACCGCACCCGCCUUCUGGUCGAAAUCGUAACAGCCGUCCGAGCCGCGAUGCCCUCCAGCAUGCCUCUCUUCCUCCGCCUCUCCUCUACAGAAUGGAUGGAAGACACCGACAUCGGCAAACGCCUCGGAAGCUGGGAUGUCGAAAGCACGAUCAAGAUCUCCAAAAUCGUGGCCGACUUGGGCGUUGAUCUCCUCGACGUGUCGUCUGGUGGUAAUCAUCCUCAGCAGAGAAUCAACAUGUUCAACACCAAAGACUACCAGACCAAAAUCGCCGCGCAGAUUCGGAGGGAGGUGAAAGCGGCGGGGAAGAAAUUGUUGAUUGGAGCGGUUGGGUUGAUUACGGAGGCGGAGCAGGCGAGAGAUAUUGUCGAUACGAGGAGCGAUGAUCUCAAGGUCGAAGCCGAGGCGGCGAAGCAGAUGACCGAGCCGAGGGGUAGAAGCGAGCCGAUGGCUGAUGUGGUUCUGAUCGCGAGACAGUUCAUGAGAGAACCGGAGUGGGUUUUGAAAGUGGCUUGGAGAUUGGGAGUUGAUGUCGCGUGGCCUUCGCAAUUUUUGCGGGUGCGGUUUCCGAAGCUGUAG